AAAAAAAAAAAAAAAAUACACGUAGAAAAAAAAGAGCUCGUUUACAGAAUUAAAAUAAAAGAUGCCCAUUGUAUAUUCAUUUGAAAAUGGAGAUGCACUCUCAAGUGGACUCAAUAGUUUCGUUGAGAGAGUAUCACGUGAGGCAAUUGCUGAUCAUGGUUUUCUUUCUGUGGCUAUUUCUGGUGGCUCAUUACCCAAGAUUCUAUCAAAAGAAUUAGCUUUUAAUAAAAAUGUUGAUUUUUCCAAGUGGCAUCUCUUUUGGGCUGAUGAACGUUGUGUUGGACAUGAUCAUGCAGAUUCCAACUAUCUUGAAGUAAAGAAAUCCCUUUUAAAUCAUAUCCCUCAAAUCCCUCAGGAAAACAUUUAUCCUAUUCACGAAGAAUAUGCUAUUAGCAAAGAUGCGGAGAAGGCAGCUAUCGAUUAUGAGCAACAACUUGAAAAAUUUUUUAAGAAUAAGUUACCUUCAUUUGAUCUACUGUUGUUAGGUAUGGGACCUGAUGGUCAUUGCUGUUCCUUGUUUCCCGGUCACCCCUUACUUGAAGAGAAGACCCGUUGGGUAGCACCUAUUGUUGAUUCACCCAAGCCACCACCAGAACGUAUCACAUUAACUUAUCCAGUUGUGAAUAACUCUAAAUUAGUUGUCUUUGUUACUGCUGGCGAUGGUAAAAAGGAUAUGGUUCAACAAAUCAUUGAGCAACCUGAAAAAGAUUUACCUUGUCAAAGAGUUAAACCUGUCAACGGUCAUGUUUACUGGUUUAUUGAUCACGCUGCUGCUGCUAAAUUGAGAAAAGAAUCGUGCUCAGAAUACAAACUGUAAAAAAAAAAAAAGACAAACUGCAUAAAAAUUAAAAAAAAAUAAAAAUAAAAAUGAAAUUUCUUUAUUGCGAGGGAAAUGUGAUACAAUAGAUCAUCUUCUAACAUAAAA